CAUUGUAUAAAGGGAGGAUCCUGCUGUCGAGAUGUGUUUGAUUUUAUAUCGUCAGCAGAAUCAAGACCAACUAGGUUUUAACAAACAAAAGAUACCAUCAUCAUGGUGCCGUUCUAUUUGAGCGUGGCACUGAGCUGUCUUCUUGCUGUCUAUGUCAAUGCAGAAACAACCAACUGUGUAAAGCAAGCUGAUAUUCUAUUCAUAGUCGACGCCUCUGGAAGUAUUGGGGAUGAAAACUUUGAAAAAGUCCGAAAUUUUCUUGCUGACUUUUCAAGGCAGUACCAAGUUGGCAAUAACUUAACCCACUUUAGUGAAAUUAUCUUUAGCAGCCCACCAAAUAUCAACAUUGUGUUUGGCUUUAACAAGUAUCUGACCAACACAGAACUAAGUGAGGCACUACUUAGAACUCCGUAUCCAAGCGGUGAGACCUACACAGCGCAGGCCCUGAAUUUAGCUCGUACUUCUGCAUUCACGUCUGCUAAUGGUGCCAGGACUGAUGUUCCGAAGAUUGCAGUGGUUUUGACUGACGGCAAAUCAACUUACCCUAAUGAUACGUCCAGAGAGGCUGAAGACUUAAAAAAAUCAGGUGCUGUUGUAUUAGCCAUUGGUGUGAGCCAGAGAAUCAGUCCGGAGGAGCUGGACACUAUUGCCACAUUGCCUUCCUAUGUGUUCCAUGUGGACGACUUCGCUGGCCUUCAAAGUAUUAUAAAUAAUGUCUCCAAGACAGUCUGCACGGUUGUAGCACAAAAGGCUGAGUCCAGUUGCGUAAGUCUCUACAGGUGUCUGGGUAGAAGAGACGGUGAUUACCCAGCAUGUUCUCCCGAAUGUCAGGAAGGCUACUAUUACAGCUGCGUAAAUGGCUACGCCUAUCAGCGACCUUGCGCACUUGGUAAGUAUGUCGACAGUAACAACGAAUACUACACUGCCUUAAUGGUCUACGACCCUGCAACUAAAAAAUGUCAGCUUACAUCAUCCUACUGCCCCAGAAAGACUCCCAAACCUUAUGUGGCACCAAACCUACCUACUGCAGCUCCAAAGUCAAGACCCACAGAGUGUAUUCAAUACAAUUGUAAGAACAAAGAAGACAAUGACUACCCAGCUUGUAUUCCCGAGUGCCAGCAAGGUUAUUUUUACAGUUGUGUGAAUGAAUUCGCCUACAAGAGAGAAUGCGCCCUCGGUUGGUUUAUAGAUGCCAACAACAAACCCUAUACAGAAAGACUCAUCUACGACCCUGCCAAGGGAAGCUGUGAGUAUGACGUGCCUUCAUGUCCACGAGAUCAAAAUAGUGGCCCCUUAAUCGAUACCAAUCCGACACAGAAGACUCCAACAGCCACAGAAUCCUGUGUGAGAGAUAAAAGCUGUGAAGGAUUUAAGGAUGGCUUCUAUCCACCCUGUGAUGCUGAAUGUUGCAAUGCUCAAUAUUAUGAAUGCAGUAAUCACAAAACGAUGGAACUAGAAUGUAAUUUUGGUUGGUUUCUGGAUGCUAAUAAUCAGCGCUACAUAGAGAAACUUAUCUACGACCCCAUCAGGAAAACUUGUGAAUACAGCGCCCCUUCAUGUUCAAGAGGUCAAAUUCCUGCCCCCGAACUACCCGCCACAACGACAACAACACCAGAGCCUACAACUACCACAGAGGGCCCGUGUGUGGUAGAAGACAAUUGUGAACAAUUCAAGGAUGGUGUCUUCCCCCCUUGUGGCGCUGGAUGUAACAAUAUACAUUAUUAUGAAUGCCGCAAUUAUAAAGCGUACUAUCGUACCUGCAACAUUGGUCAAGUUUAUAACCCUAGCCAAAAGAAAUGUGUCCCUCAAACAAGUGCCUGUUAAAUCUUGUACUGUAAAACCAAAUCAUAAAGACGUUGCAAAAAAAAUGUUUAUAAAAUUUAUUUUACGCAUUUGUUUGGAAUAGACUACUUCACCAUAAAAAUUAACACUUCAUAUAUUUCACUUUAUGUCUUAAGAAAUAGACAACAAAUGAAUAAGUAUACAAUUUCAACAUUCAACCACUAUUAAACAAUUUUAUGUUUUGUUUG